AUGAAUGGUAUAGAUAGGAAUAACAUUGAAGGAGAUGGUAUGGAUCAAGUACUGGACAGCGAGCUCAUGGACGCAAAAUCGCUGGCUGAGAUGAAAACAGAACAUGUUGCAUUGGACCUACAAAGCAAGUUUCAGCAAGAUGUUGGUAUUCACUGCAAAUCCAUUGUAUCAAUGGUGUACUGUACAGGUGUCUUUAUGAUUAACCAUUUAAGCAUUAUUAUUCUAGUCCAGCAGAUGAAAGAAAGAAAGGAGUUGCUUCUGAAGCAGGCCGUGAUGAGGAAACAACUCUGUCAUAAACGGCUAGAGUUCGAAAGACUUCAGUCAGAAGUUGCUCAACUGGAAAAGGACUCAACAGCUGGUAUUGAUGUUCUGCAUUCUUUGCCUUUAGUAGGUUUAAAACGAGGAUACCCGACAGAUUCCAUAUCUGAGACUACUGCUUCCAAAAAAUACAAUACUCCACUUUUAUCAUCCCAAAAAAACUCGACGCAAUCCAAUCUUAAUCUGAUACAGCGGCCAUGUAAUAUUGAAACCAUCAAAUCAAUAUCUGUUCAGCCAGAAAUUCAAAAAAAGCAAUCUUUAGCAAAAACCUCGGUUCAUGCCACUGCAACUAAAAAGCCUUUGAUUCAUAAUCAACGUCAACCUGUUCCUCAAAUUGCGCCAAUCGUUGAUACACCUGUUGAAAUAGAGCCGAUAUCAGGAUUCCGUAUAAAAAAUCGCCUCGUUUCAAAAGACCAGUUUGCAGAGCGAAUGCUGAAUAGACAAGUCAUUCCAAUUUCUCAAAUCAGAAGCAAUAUGACAGAUAAUGAUAUUAUUGGAGAUUGGGUUGUUAUUGGAAUUAUUAUUUUUAAAAGCGAGUGUAAAAAGACAAAGGAUGGCGAUGUAUUUUGCAUGCUACGCAUAGGAGAUCUACGAGGCUCGUCGGUCAAUUUAUUUAUGUUUCGCGACGUAUGCCAGAGCCAUUCCAAUGAGCAAGUUGGAAGUUUGGUGGCCAUUUUGAAUCCCAAAAUCAUCAGACCCUCCGAGAGUCGAGCAACUUUGGGCUUGGAUUUAGAUCAUACUAAGAAAUGGAUGAAGAUUGCCGAUUUUACUGAUUUGGGAUACUGCAAGGGAACGCUACAAAACAACAAAUGUUGCUCCCAGCCAAUUGAUAGGAUGCAGGGACAAUACUGUGAGAUCCAUUUGUCAUCAAACUAUAAAUCUGCAAAAUCCAAUAGACAGGAGUUUGCAUCAGGCAAUGCAGCAUUUCAUGUCGGUAAUCCAAGCAAAAAGCUAUCUGGGAAACAACGGUCGUAUUCCAAUGAUGGUACAUAUGUAUUGUCUGGCCAAACUCUUUCUACAACUCAUACAGGUGUUGAUGCUGUUGCUCAACGAAAAGAGUCAUUACCUCCAAUUUUGAAUGCAAAACAGGUUCUUGAAAUAAAAUCACUCAUGAGCUCAAAUACUGCUGGUGCUAGAUCGCUACGGGCUUUAAAUAAGAGCCUGGAUUGUCCUGCACCUGCAGGUAUGGCUUCAAUUUUUGGCCCAGCAGCGAUUGCUCGUAUGGGUGGUAACCCAAUCUCUGGCGAUCGAUUCAAACCCGUUGUAAACAGUAGCCAAUUGGUAUCACUGCCUGGAUUGACCUCUCCUAGUAAAUCAUUAAAAACAACACAGCCUGUCAAUCCUAUGCUAAAAUCAAUAUCAGAGCCUAGAUUGUCAAUGGUUCGUAAAGAUAUUUCGCGGAUACAAUCAGCUCAUGUUCUUGCAAGAUCCAAGUCCAAUGUCCAAAAAGACAAAUCUCCACCAAGCAGCGAUGUUGAACUUGAGAUACUGGACUGA